GGUUUUCUCUGAGAAAUAUUUUGAGGCUUUCACGAUGGCCUUCUAUAAUCCAUUCGCUAGGCGCGAGUCGCACGGUCAAUACCCGCUGACAGCAUACCGGGUUCUCGCGCCUCUAUCCUGGGCUCUGGUCGUGGUCGUCGGUAUCUACUACUCCAUCCAUGAACCAUCCGAUAUCUCGAACGGUUGGACCAUCUGGUCGCAGCUGGGGCGACAAUUUACUGCAUUCAGUGUCAAUGUUACUGUAGUCGAGAUCUACUGGGUCGUCCUCCUCCUCUCCCAGAUCUUUUACCUGUUCCAGCUCUUCAACAAAGACACUGCGAUCGUAGCUCUAGCAGGAAAUUCAGCGGCGCACUUCAUCCUGAACAACCUCUUCGUUGUUGCGUGGAUCCUCCUCUGGACGAGAAACCACUUCUGGCCCGCCGAGAUCAUUGUGAUCGCGCACAUUAUCAACCAGCAUCUCCUGUUCUGGCGCAUUCGCAAUCUGCCACCGAUUUCGCAUAUCGCGGUUGUCGCAGGCCCAUAUGCCUGGACAUUGAUUACGCUCUUCUGGACAGGAGCUGCUGCCGUCAGGUCUCAUAAUUUGGCCUCGAAUAUCGCCGCGAACAUCUUCCUCUGGAUUAUCUUUUUGAUCGGCUCCAUUCACAUCUUUUUGGCUGUCGAUGAUCUCCUGGGGUACAGUCUGAGUCUGUUGACCUUCGGCCUGGCCGUGGCCCAAACUAGUCGCAAGAGCCAUCUUCAUCUGCAGUGGAUCUUUGCAUGGGUCAUCUUUGGAGUCUUCUUGCUGGACUCACUCUAUGUGACCUCCGCCAAGUACGUUGGUCGUAAUGUGUUGUUCCGGAGCCCGAGAGAGCCAGAGUCGAGUGAUGCUGAGCGCGCCCCCUUGCUUAAUGACGCUACGGCACCUGCAUCGACCUCUUAGAUUGCCCCAGUGGCUUAAAUGGAGCGACGAGUGGGUUGAUGAGAUGGAGUCAGAUGAGAGCCAGAUGAGAGUCAAUUAAGAGCUGGUGGAGACAAGGAAUAACGUACGGGCACGCUAAACGGGGUAAUGGUUUUCGAGGAUAGGAUAUGGUUGUCGUUUUACUAUUCCUGGUUCGUUGCGGAUGAUCGCCACAGACCCACGGGUCUGUUUACUGCGCGGCAAGGUUCCAAAGCAUGGUUCAGAUGAGUGCACUCAUAGUAAUAUUGUAGCCUCUGAUGUUAUGAACUCUUCUACUCAGCGCAGCAAUAGUUUGUUCUCC